AUGCAUCAACUUUUUCAUCUUGUUGGAGGGACAGCAGCUCUAGUGUUUGCAAUGUUGAAUGCUGGUACUGCGGCCGACUCGUAUUGUUUCGCGGAUGAUUUUCUCUUUGGAUCGGCUACUGCUGCGUAUCAAGUCGAAGGUGCUGUAAAAGAAGGGGGACGUACACCGAGUAUCUGGGACCAGUUCUGUCGUGAACGACCAGGUAUCAAGUGUGCAAAUGUGGCCGACGACUUUUAUCAUCGCUACAAGGACGAUAUCCAGCUGAUGGUGGAGAUGGGACUCCAGAGCUUUCGAUUCUCCAUUUCGUGGUCACGGGCAAUGAGGUGGGACCCCGCUAUUCGUGGCAUGCGCCCGAAUCCAGAGGGUAUCACGUUCUACCAUUCGUUGAUUGAUGAACUCAACGCAAACAACAUUGCGCCAAUUCUGACGCUGUACCACUGGGACUUGCCCCUGGAGCUACAUACUGAAUUGUCACCUCAAGGAUGGCUCAACCCGGAUCUUGUCCAGCAUUUUGCAGAGUUUGCGAUGCUCAUCUUCCACGAGUACGGCAGCAAGGUGAACCUCUGGACGACAUUUAACGAACCGCUCACAUUCACGACAACCGGUUACGCUGGUGGAAGCAUGGCUCCAGGCUUUACUGGUUCACCGACUCAAGUGUACGAGGCCACGCACAAUGUGCUGCUUUCUCAUGCGAAAGCAGUUCAGCAAUUUCGCAAACUGAAGAGUACUCAUGUUAUUAACGACAAGGCUCGGAUUGCCAUUGUACUCAAUGCUGACUACGCGUAUCCAUUGGAUGCAAAGAACCCUGCUGAUGUGGAAGCUGCAUCACGUAAGAUGCAAUUCGACAUUGGCUGGUUCCUCUCACCAAUUGUUAAUGGGGACUAUCCGUCGGUCAUGCGUGAAGUUGUGGGUGAUCGCCUUCCCAGUUUCUCGUCUGAGGAGUCUGAGCUGUUGAAGGGCUCCUACGACCUAUUCAUGCUCAAUCACUAUUCGACUCAAGCUGCUACCGACUGUGACUCUAGUGCGUCAAAAACUAGCUGCAACACGUUAGCAGUCGGAUGGGAACGUGAUCGCGGCGUCGAUAUCUCUCAGACCGUGCCAGGUACCAGACAACGUACCAAGAAAGCACAACAAGAUUCGCACUGUGCUUUGUUUACCGCUUACCCACCAGGAUAUCUCGCAACCAUCAAGUGGCUGCAUCAGCACGACAAGGCUGCCGACAUUCUGCUCACCGAGAAUGGAUGGUGCGGAGACGACGAGAUCGACAACCCAGACCAACUAUGGUACUUCAAGGCGUAUCUGAAUCAAGUGCACAAGGCCAUCACUGAAGAACAUAUCCCUGUCAUCGGCUACACGGCUUGGUCGUUCCUGGAUAACUACGAGUGGGGCUCGUACGAGUCACGUUUCGGUCUGUACUAUGUCAACUAUACGUCCGAAUCUGGGUCUCCCGACUUCUACGAGCCGACGCCGUCUGACCUCGCUCGUAUUCCUCGUCCGUCAGCCAAGUGGUUCAAGAAGGUGGCGACAACAAAGUGUUUGAGCGUGGACGAAGCUUCAACAACGCCCAUAAAUGGCAGACACAGUCACCAUGUGUGGCGUUGGCUAUUUGGCAUGGUUGCGAUCGCGGCAGUUGGUUUUGUUGCAUUGGUUGUGCUGGUGUUCUUCGUAGGACGCCGCAUCUGGCGCAACUACCGUGGUAACGAGAAUGGUGCAGCAACUGAACGAACCCCGUUUCUCUAA